CAGAUACAGUAUUCAGCAUGAGGUGCAGCUGAUUAAAAUGCAAGAACUGGGUAUAAGUGAACGAUCCGGCGAUCCCGGUGGUUCUUUUGAGCCAUUGAGCUAGCGAUUAACGUUUGACGAUCAUUGUUCCGUAGCAAAACGUUGAUCUCCUGAAGAGCGACGGAAAGGCUCGGCAGUAUUCCGACUUUGUUAUAGCGAAUGGAAAAUACAUUGAUCACGAGAUGCAUACUUUCAUAUUCACCUGGAUCUCUUUGUUUUCUACUUCAUAUAUCCAUUCGACAACAUCUUGAAUGUUAGAACCAGCCUCAAAUAUAACCAGAAGCGGGCCUUCACAAAUUGACGAGGCUACUAGCGAUCAUGUCUCUUAAGACUGGCGAGUCAUCGUCAAACAUCGAGGAUCUGACCAUCGGAAACCUCACCGCUCAUGUUAUCCAAAUGAGCACGAAGGGUGAAGACUCCCGGGUGAAGUACUUGACCGCGAAGCUCAUCCAGCACCUUCACGAUUUUGUUCGCGACGUCGAAUUACAGACAGAUGAGUGGGAAGUUGCUUGGCAGUUCUUGACAAGGAUUGGUCAAACAUGUACUCCGGAAAGGCAGGAGUUCGUACUCCUCUCUGACGUGUUGGGGGUUUCAGCUCUCGUGGAUGCAAUCAACAGCAAGCAGACCUCAGGAGCUACCGAGUCAUCAGUGCUUGGGCCUUUCUUCAGCGAUACUGCAAAGGUAUUCGAGAACGGAGAGUCCAUUACAUCAAAUAGCAUUGCAGGCGAGCCGAUGCUUAUCCGGGGCGCUGUGCUAGACACUGCUGGGAAGCCGAUCCCGAGGGCCCUGGUAGAUAUUUGGGAGACGGACGGCAAUGGAUUCUACGAUAUGCAGGAUGUUGAAUAUAAUGAGCCAGAUUGCCGAGGGAAGUUCUUCACCGAUACUAGUGGUAAGUUCUACCUUAAGGGAGUAAAGCCGGUCGACUAUCCUAUCCCAAACGAUGGUCCGGUAGGGGAGAUCUUGCAGCUAUUUAAUCGAGAUUGGUAUCGACCGGCUCACGUACACUAUAUGAUCAUGCACCCGGAGUACGAGAAAUUGGUAACCGCGGUAUAUUCGAGGGAGAGCAAAUAUAUCAUCGAAGAUCCUGUUUUCGGCACGAAGAAGAGCCUUGUAGUUGAUUUCGUUUGGACUCAAGAUGAAGCUCUCGCCAAAACUUACGGAAUUUCUCCUAUUGAGAGAAUCAUGGGCAGCGAGAAGAGUCGGGGGUUCUGGUUGCUUGAGCGGGAUUUCGUGCUUGUCUCAAAGAAGUCGAAAGGAGGUCGCAAGAUUAAUGACACCGUAGUCUAGUCACAUACUACUUUAUCUUUCAUGGCCAUCAUAGAAUAAGGAAG